UGUUACUCUUACUGGAAAACUAGACAAGGAUGUACCCGCAAAUUCAAAUGAUGAAUUGGUGGUUCCAUUCCUUGAUGCAUCAUUUGUUCUCCCAAUAGGUGACGUAUUUUCUAUAGAUUUAUGUACUGCUAUGGGAAUUAAAUGUCCAAUUCUAAAAGGAAACGAAAUUAAUACAUCAGUGUCAGUUCUAGUACCAGACGCAAAAGACCUACCUGAAGGAUACGGAAUUGAGGUUGCUGUUAUUGAAGAUGGUGGUCUAGGCGACAUUAUCGAAAAAGGAUGA